CAACACGCUUCCAAAGUUCACUUGAUAUUUGACCGACCCAGCAGCACUCGGUGACGUGAAAAGGUUGCCAAUACUGCAAUUGCUGCUGCAGGAACCGACAGGAAACAAAAGAACGGAAGAACCACUCGACUGCUCACGGAGUUGAAGAGAGGCACAUGACUUUUCUUUCCACAGGGUUAAACAUUUCAACUGGAAAAGACUGAAGACUUCAUUUAAAUGAGGAUUAUUGGAUGUGCAGGACGGCUUUGUUGCACGGAAAAAGGGGACUUUGGAUAUUAAUACAGGUAUUUUGUGGAGUUGCUGUAUACUUUCCAGUAUUUCAUAACAAAACCACUCAAACUGGGCAUUCUUCAGUAUUUUUUCCUACCUAAAUGAAAUCCUCAUUUUUCCCUACUGGUUGCACAAUAUUGGAUUAACAAGCUGCACCUGGAUUUUUAUGACCGACACGAUUACAUGGGUGAGGAGAACAUUAUUACUCUGUAUAUGUUACAGACUUAUCCACUUGAUUUAAAAUAUCUAACAGCAUGGCACAACAUGAUAACAUCACUCAAAAUGUCAUGCAUUGCAACAAGAGUGAUGACUUCAAGUACCCUCUGUAUAGUGCGGUUUUCAGCCUGGUGUUUAUAAUUGGACUGUUCUUCAACAUGGUGGCUGUGUACAUUUUUGGCUGUACACUGAAGCUGCGGAAUGAGACCACAACCUACAUGAUAAACCUUGUGGUCUCGGACUCGCUCUUUGUGCUUAGCCUGCCUUUUCGGAUCGUUUACUUCAUUAAACGGAACUGGCUUUUUGGAAGUGUGCUCUGCAAGAUCUCCGUGGCCCUGUUCUACACCAACAUGUACGGCAGCAUCCUCUUCCUCACCUGCAUCAGUGUCGACCGAUUCCUGGCCAUUGUGCACCCGUUAAGGUCCCAAGCAAUACGUACUAAGAGGAAUGCCAAACUGGCCUGCUGUACCGUUUGGGUGUUGGUUCUUUCCGGGAGUGUACCCACUGGGUUCCUUUUGGACACCACUUCACCCAAAAAUGCCAACUCCUCCUCCUACUGCUUUGAAAACUACUCCAAAAAACAGUGGAAGGCAGAGCUGUCCAAGGUGGUGGUGUUUAUUGAGACUGUGGGUUUCAUCAUCCCACUGAUGCUCAAUGUGUUCUGCUCGAUCAUGGUGCUAAGGACUCUGAAUAAACCCCAGACCCUCAGCCGCGGAGGGAACCUCAACAAGAAAAAGAUCUUGAGGAUGAUCAUCGUGCAUCUGCUCAUCUUCUGCUUUUGUUUCAUUCCCUACAACGUUAAUCUCAUCUUCUACGCCAUGGUCCGCUCCAACGUCCUAAAGGGGUGCGACGCAGAAGAUGUAGUCAGAACCAUCUACCCCAUUGCUCUGUGCAUCGCAGUGACCAACUGCUGUUUUGAUCCCGUCAUUUACUACUUCACUUCAGAGACCAUUCGGAGCUCCAUCAAACGCAAGUCUACAGUGUGGCACAACGGCGCCAAGCUAUUGGAGAGGCUACAGAUGGACAGCACACAAAGCAGUCCAAAAACAACACCCAAAAGCCUGACCCUGCUGAAUCCGAGAUUGAAAGUGUUUGAAAAUGAGUCUUCAGUCUAGUGGCAACUCUGUAAUAGGACAUGAUUAAUGAUUCAGUGACAGCUGGUGAAACUCGAUUUGAAUCUGAGGACGUAAGUGGAAGCAGAGUGGCCUUGUAAAUCAUAACACAUAAACACAUUGGUUACUAAGGAGUCACUCUGUCAUCCACUUGACACCACAGAGACUUGAGACUGGGAGAUAAGAGACUGAUCCCUAUUCGUCAACACAAGAGUGGAACAAGUCAAAGAGGAAACAUUUAAAAAUAUGAAAGUGUAUUGUAGCCUAAAGACACUUUACCAAGGUGCCAAUUCACCACACACAAGUUUGAAAACGUAUUCUUAUGAGUUUAUGAUGUGUAUUAGUCGCGAUGACAGGUGUUAAAGCCAUGGUCAUGUGCAUGGUGCUGCAAAUAAGAAUCAGCCUUUGUAAGACAUUGUAAUUGUUGUCUUAUUCCCCAGAGCAGAUCACUCAGUAAAAUGAUGCUUUGGCAAUGCUGAACCAGUAUUACAGCUCUGUUUUAUGUACUGUACUGUGCAGUCUCCAAGUAGUUGUGGCGCCACUAUGGCCCUUUAUAGAGCAGUGUGCUCUAUAACAGCUUAACCUUUUAU